AUGGGCGCGUCAAUACCAAGCGAUCAGUCCAACGACGCCGACGAGGACACCCCUCUCGAAACCGACCCUACCGGCCGAUUUCAACGACUCAACGACAUCUUAGGAGAGGGCGCAUACAAAAACGUCUACAGGGCCUUUGACCAGGAGGAGGGUGUAGAGGUUGCCUGGAACCAGCUCCGCAUCGACCAUCUCACCAAGAAGGAGGCCCAAAAGAUCCUUUCUGAAAUCGAAAUCCUGGAAUCCAUCCGCAACGACCACAUUAUCAACUUUUACGCCUCCUGGUCCACCAAGGCCCCGAACGGCGGAGAGCGCGUGGUCUUUAUCACCGAGCUUAUGUCCUCGGGCACCCUGAAACAGUAUCUCAAAAAGACCCUCAAGGGUUCGCUCAAACCCAAGGUCCUCAAGUCAUGGUGCCGUCAAAUCCUCCAGGGCCUCGUCUAUCUCCACACACACAACCCGCCCAUCAUUCACCGUGACCUUAAAUGCGACAACAUCUUCAUCAACGGCAACAACGGACAGCUCAAAAUCGGCGACCUUGGUCUUGCAGUUGUGCGCCAUCGGACCCAUGUGUCCUCUGUCCUGGGUACACCCGAAUUCAUGGCCCCAGAACUCUAUGACGAGAAGUAUGACGAGAAGGUCGAUAUCUACGCCUUCGGCAUGUGUGUUCUUGAGAUGGUCACAAAGGAAUAUCCCUACUCCGAAUGUACCAACCAGGCGCAAAUCUAUCGCAAGGUCACAAAGGGUAUCAAACCGCAGUCGCUCGAUCAUGUCCAGGACCCAGAGACCCGGGAAUUCAUCAACCGCUGCCUCGACCACGACGACCGCACGCGUCCCUCGGCCCAGGAGCUGCUCGACUCUGAUUUUUUGAAGCCCUCGCCUCCACAGGACUCUUUAACUACCCAAAUCGAUCUCUCGCCGAGGGCAUGGAGAUAA